UUUACGCCUAUUACAAAGAAAAAAGGAGGGCGAACGAAGCGAAGGAGAAGAUCGUGGGUGGAAGAAAUGGGUUAUGUCCUGAGAGUGAGAUUGGCUUCGUUCUUUGCCGGAGCAGCGGUUGCAUCAUCUCUGGGGCUUUACCUUCUUCAGAGAGAUUACAAGAUUGCGUACGACUCCAUAUCCCAAAAGAUGGGAGGGCUGCAUGAUUCUCUGGAGAGUAGAAUUUCCGCACUGGAAAAGCUGAACCAGAAUGAUGGUUCCCAACAUGUUCAUACAGCGGAGUAGAUGCUGGAGGCCGAGGCCACUACAGUCUAGAAGGUCUCACUGGAAAUAUACAAAAGUUAUGAAGAGUAAUAACAGUAGAAAAACUGGUUUGCCUUUUACGCUGGUGUCAAGUUUUGCUGAUUUUUGUUGUUAUCAGAUUUAUGUUUGUAUGGGGCUGGUAGCUGUGUUGUAAUGAAUGCUACCAUGCUCGUAGAAACUUCUCUAAAGUUUAUCAGGUUGAAUGAACCUAUCCCUUGGGAGCACGGGGUCUUCAUUCUUUUAUUCAGUUUCAUUUUGCUAGUGUUGGAGCAUCCUGUAAGACUUGAUCCGAAUGAGUUUGACGACAAAUCGGAAUGAAGGAGAAUAAAGUUUUUAAAGUUUAAAUGUAGUAUUGACAUCUGAA